CUUGUCCUAUACCCUUUGUGUUCAGAGCAUCCCAUUUCCAAGGAAAAUCCUUUUCGAUCACACCCUUUUCCCCUGAGAACAUGUCUGGCUGUAAUUGUGGCUCUAGCUGUGGUUGUGGCAGCGACUGCAAAUGCGGCAAGAUGUACCCUGACCUGGGUUCCUCAGAGAAAGCCACCGCCGCUGCCACCAUCAUCACCGGGGUCGCACCAGUGAAGAUGCACUCUGAGGGAUCGGAGACGAGCCUGGAAGGAGGGAAAGGCUGCAAGUCUGGAAAUGCCUGCAAGUGCGGAAAUAACUGCAACUGCGAUCCAUGCAACUGCUAAGGCAUUCGUAAGAAGGUGGGAACGGUGCCUCAAGUAUCUAUGGUCUAUAUGAAUAAUAAAAAAAAGAAAAAAAAAAUGGAAGUGGAUUCCUGGUCGAGGCACUGUUAAUAGUUUGUUGUGGAUGUAGGGUCUGUUAAAAAUAAGGCGGCCAUGGCAUGUCCUGGGCCUUGUGGGUUUGCAGAGCUUUCAUCGCUAGCUUCUUGGUAACUUCGUAAUGUAAUAUUAUAAUGUGCUUGUGUGUUUGGUGCAUGUACGCUGUAUGGAAGGAAAGUUUGAAUUAUAUUUUAUUCCUUUAAGUCA